UGUUCGUAUAUGUUACAGCAAUGCAUCAGUGAUAAGAGGAACGUGUUGUUAUGGGCAUCAGUAGACAGUGAACGCGGAUGCCAGACGGCGGCAGGACGGGAUGGCACUGUGCUCGAGAGACAAUAGAAGUCCAACCUUUGAUGUUUGUGAUGCGUCACCAACAGUCCUGCACCAUCGAGAAGGUGGUGUCGUCUCGCCAUCCAUCAUAUACCAUGAGGAAGAUCUCAAAGAUGAUAAGGAGGCUUUGCUUGGAUCAUAUCAUGCAAGUAAGAGCUAUGGCAGCAUCAACGAAGGCAGCGGCGAUCCUCCAGAGGAGGCCAGGACCUACCGCUCAAGAUUUUGGAUAUUAAUCGUUUUCACUCUCAUGAACCUCGUUCUUUCGGUAGAGUGGGCCAUGUUUGGUCCCAUCAGCGAGAGUAUGCAGGCUGCCUUCCCUGGCUGGGACGCGACCAUAGUGACUCUAACGAUCAACGGGGGGAUAAUAGCAUAUAUCGUGGCCUUUAUCCCCGUAUGCUGGGCAGUGCAGCAUUUCGGGCUGAGGGCGUGCCUAUUGAGCACCUUUGGAUUGGCGACUGCCGGCACUGCUCUCCGCUGUAUUACCAGCACUACACCAGCCUUCACGAUCUUGUGUCAAGUGUGUGGAGUAGCAGUAGGCUUGGCCGCCCCAAUGAUGCUCGCCGGCCCAGCCAUGAUAGCCAAUGAGUGGUUCCCUGUGCAGGAGCGAACCACAGCCAUGGCCGUCAUGCUUGGGAGUCACCAGUUUGGGGGAAUCGCCAGCUACUUAGAACCUUUAAUAGUACGACAGCCCGGCCCCGGUUUCCCUAACGUAGCCAUUCAGCAUGACGUGAUGCGCCUCACCUAUAUCGGUGCUGGCUUAGCGGCGAUAUUGCUGGUGGCGGCGCUCGUCUACUUCCCUUCCAAGCCUCCAAGUCCACCCUCGGUCACCUCCUGUCAAGAAAGGUUCACAAUCCUCCCCGCCUUGAAGGUGCUGAUCAAAAACAAGAAGUUCAUAUUGAUACUGGUGUCCUACGGAAUAUUCGCUGGGCCACCACUAGUAUGGCUUACGGUGAUAGACUACUCCCUGCUGCCUCUGGGCUUUCACCAGGAAAAGGCCAUGUGGGUGGGAGUGAGUGCUUUGAUGGUUUCCAGCUUGUUGCCAGUGGUGGUGGGCCGCUUGAAUGACCUGCUGCGGGGCCACACCAAGACCCUGCUGCUCGUCCUCAUGAUGACCACCACUGUAUUCUUCUUCUGGUUCCUCCUUCUGUCUUAUGGCGUCCUGCCCGUCACCGACUGGCAAGUGUACGUGACGGCGGUGGGCAGUUUGUCAUUCAGUCUCAGCACACUGCCGCUCUUCAUGGAGAUGGCCAUCGACCUGGUGUACCCCUCACCAGAGCUGCUAGUGACUGCUGUGAUGAUCGCCGCGGACAACGUGACGGGGAUGGUUUUCCUGUUCCUCUUCCAUAUUCCCGAUUCAUUGCACCUGUGGACGACAUACACGCUGACGCUGUGCAGCUCCAUCACCAUCGUGCCGCUGGUGGCCGUCUCCUUCCCCACCACAAGGAUGACCAUUGACACUGACUAACGCACUAACUCUAUUCUUUGUCACACACACACACACACACACACACACACACACACACACACACACACACACACACACACACACACACACACACACACAGAAUUACUCUUGUGGUAUGUACUGUAUACUUAGGACUUAAUCACAAGAGCAACUUUGAUUUUACGCACACAGAUAUGAUUGUCUGUGUUCAAGCAGGUGAGGAUCUCACUAACUACACUACAAGCGGGAGAGACAGGAUAGCAAAAUUAGGAUAAUUUGAUGGAUAUGAUUGUCAUGAUAAUGAUCUGUUAUUAUUAAUACUAUUAAGGGCAUUAUUAUUAUUCUUA